AACGGCAAAGUGGUAGACGAUGAGAACGCUGUCUCGGUCAUUUCGUUCCAUCAAACGCCCAAAUUCAAACCCUAAAUUAUCCAAAUCGUCGGUUCCAACAAAAUCAGAAGUGAAAUUCAACCCCAAACCAAAAUCAGAGUCAUGGUUCGUUUAUCUCAUCCUCUCCACUAACCAUCCAAUCAAAACCUACGUUGGGGUCACAACCAAUUUCCCUCGCCGUUUGAAGCAGCAUAACGGUGAACUUAAAGGCGGUGCAAAAGCAUCCCGUGCUGGAAGGCCAUGGAUUUGUGCAUGCAUCAUUUGUGGUUUCACAGACCGAAGUGAAGCUUGUGUAUUUGAAUCAAAAUGGAAAGCUUUCUCAAGGAGAGUUCCCCGCAAAAAUCAAAAUGACAAGCUCUCCAAGCAAAAUGAAGAUCCAUCACUUCCACUGCUGCAACACAGGCAAGCAGCUUUAAAUAGAGUGAAAGGCUCACUUGACUGCACUCACUUAGAAAUUAACUGGCAUUUGGAUCCAUUGUGAUUCAACUGCAACUGCCACGAUAUACGUGCUUUAAUUAAAUAAUUAUAGUACAUUCAAGUGGCAAAACACAGGCCAGAUAUUUAACAGUAACUGUGCCGUAAGAAUUUGAUUGAUUCUUGUAGUAGAAGGUCUCUGUAUAGCUUGAGGGUAAUGAAAGAUCUGCCUGUAAUGAAAGUAUGAUCUUUGUAAAAUAUAUUGAUUUUACAAUUAGUCCAAUA